CUAGAUAUUUCUUCACAUGUGACAACUGUGCUUUUGGCCUCUGUCUAAUCAGAAUAUAGUGUCGGAAGAGUAAAGCUUUCCCUAUGACCACACCUUACAACCAGGACCCGCCUUAACUGCCAUCCCUGCCUUUUUUAUAACGGACUCAGUGAAAAGGUGCACUUAUCUUUUGGAACCAGAGAGAUGUAGGGGUGGAGGUCCUUAAUGAGGGGGAGGAGGAGGCAGUUGAGUCCUGUAAGAAAGGACACUGUUUAGAAUCAAGAGGCUAUAUGACCUCAGCACAGCUCCCUACCGAGACGCAGCAGUCAGUCCCAGACACACAGCGGCCACAAUAGCCUCUACAGUGCAGGAGCUAAGUGUGGAUUCUCAGGAUCAUGGAAGAAGGACCUUACAAGUACAUCAGGGAUGGAAAUGGCAAGGUUAGCCGAGUCAUUCGAAUUGGAACCCGCAAGAGCCAGUUGGCUCGCAUCCAGACUGACAGCGUGGCCGAAAAGUUGAAAGAACUGUACCCUGAUGUCCACUUAGAAAUCGUUGCCAUGUCAACGACAGGAGACAAAAUCCUUGACACUGCUUUGUCAAAGAUUGGUGAGAAGAGUUUGUUCACCAAAGAGUUGGAGAAUGCUCUGGAGAGGAAUGAGGUCGACCUGGUUGUUCACUCACUGAAAGACCUUCCCACCACUCUGCCUCCAGGGUUCACCAUUGGAGCUGUGCUGAAGAGAGAAAACCCACAUGAUGCAGUGGUCUUACAUCCAAGCAAUGCAGGGAAAACUCUGGACACACUGCCAGAGAACAGCGUGAUUGGCACCAGUUCACUACGCCGAGCUGCUCAGCUAAAGAAGAGAUUCCCCCACCUGGAGUUUAAAGACAUCCGUGGGAACCUGAAUACACGCCUGAAGAAGCUGGAUGAGAAGAACGACUUUGCUGCCAUUAUCCUGGCUGCUGCUGGCCUCAAGAGGAUGGGCUGGGAAAGCCGCAUCAGCCAGAUCCUGGAGCCCGAAGACUGUAUGUACGCUGUUGGACAGGGGGCCCUGGCCGUGGAGGUUCGGGCGAGAGAUGCAGACAUCCUAGAGAUGGUGUCAAUCCUUCAUGACCCUGACACUGUGCUGCGCUGCAUAGCUGAAAGGGCCUUCCUCAAACAUCUGGAGGGUGGCUGCAGUGUUCCAGUGGCUGUGCACACCCAAGUAAAAGACUCCCAGCUGUACCUGACCGGGGCAGUAUACAGUCUGGAUGGAUCAGACAGUCUGAAGGAAACAAUGCAGGUCAGCAUCACUGCUGGGGACAAGAGCUUGGAAAAGGUGGAUGAGCAGGUCCAGCGAGUGGGAGUCACGGCCAACAAGAUCCCAGGUGAUGUCCAGGAUCAGGCCGAGAGGCUUGGUGUCGAUUUGGCCAACUUACUGCUGAGCAAAGGAGCCAAGGAAAUCCUGACAGUUGCCCGUCAGCUCAAUGAUGCCAGAUAAAUCUUCCUGGCUGACGGGUGGGGCUCCAGAGCAUGCAGUCAGUCACAAGUUUGCAUCAAGUAAAAGCCUGAAUUCCUUCUCUGUGAGAUUCACACAUUGAUCUGAGAGAAAGACAGCUCACUUUCUGUACAUGAGGCUAGGACUUCAGAAACUACUUGGACCAAAGUUGUGGUCAGCAUUGUAGAAAGCUGCUGAACUGGCUGCUAUUAUCAGCUCACUGAGAGUCCCUGCUGUCCUGGUUCCUGUCUGUUCUUACAGAGUACCUUGUGGAACCAUCUCCUGAGCCAUGUAGGAAUCUGACCUCUGUGGUCCUCAGCAAGAAACACACAAUGGCCUUCAGACAUUGUUCUCAACACUUAACAGUACAAAUGCAGGCUUUUUUAAUGUAUAUAUUUACAUUUCCUUGUUUAGUAGAAGUGAAGUGAAGUGAAGUUAAGGUGAACAGUUUGGAAAUUUCAAUUUAGACUGGUAUUCUCUUUCAUUCUUGAACUUUGUCAUACCCAUUUGUUACCAGACCACUGAAACUCAUGCUUAACCUCCUGAAAGAAAUGGUACCAUCCACCUGAGGAGGUUUGGCAUAGUUUGAGUAUGCUUGUUACCUCAUUAGGAAAGAAAAAUAUAUUUAAUAUGCACUAAGGUGGAGGGAGUGUUUUCUUUGACCCCACCUAUAACACAUGUAGUGAUGCUAAGAUCUGCAUAGCUUUGUACAAAGUCUAUGUGGGUUUCCCUGCAGCGGUUUUCACUGUCCUGCUGAUUUUUCAAACCUGCACUGUUGUCCUGUUUAAUGCUUUGUUGGAAACAGGGAUGCACUGAUAUACAGCUGAAUACUGGUUAAUAAAAUGACAUUAAUCAGUGUCAGUGACUGAGAUUCAUGUUUUGUCACAUUUUUAUGGUUACUAAAUGUUCAAUGGUAGUGUGAUGAAGAGCUGAAAGACUUUUAAAGGUUAGAAGUAAAUGUUCUUAGAUGGGAAUAAACAGCUUUAAAAAAAGUGCCUGUAUCAGCUAUCAGUUAAGUUGGUGCAUCCCUGUUGAAAGCUGAAAUUGUGGAAAUCCUCACUGCACCAUACGAAUGAACUGAAUGGGGUUAGCUGCUAGAGCUGCACAGGAUGGAAACACAUUUCAUUUAUUAAACAAAGCAAAAAUGUGUAAGAAAAGCUCCAUCUUGUAAUUAUGAUAGAAAGACCUUGUCAUCAUGUGGUGAUGAUUCUCAUUUUCUCAAUUGGGCAUACUGAUCUGUUAUUUUGAUUUAUAAUUUUCACCUAAUGUUUAGAUCUGAUAACAGAUUCUCAUGAUUUACAACUACUUCUUAAACAACUGAAAUCACAUUCAUGAAUUAGUUACCAGAUGCAGGACUCAUCAGUUCAAAAAAUAUGUGCGUUAAAAAAUGCAGUGUAUUUCAGUUUAGUUUUUCUGCAACACAAAUGUUUUAAUAAGUACCUGUAAAAUUAACAAAAAACCUCCAAAACAAACUAUUGUGCUUUUUUUUUUUUUUUUAAGUUUCCCUGCAGCAUGUUUCCAGCAUGCUGACCUUAAUGACUUGCCUACUGAAUGAAACUUGGAAUGGAAGCCUGGAAAGCCACUGAUUAUCUUUCCUCAGUAAAUGUAUCAUUUCUGCCUGUAAACUGCAUACCUGCCUUAGAUCUUCAUUCUGCGCCAGUAUACUCAGUGUGAUCGAAUGUUUUUUUUUUUUUUCUUUUUUCAUUUUGCUCUUUGUUGCAUAUUAUGCCUAAUUUAAAACUCCUGACACAAUGACAGGUAAUGUUAGCCAUAUUUUUUUUCAGCUUUAAUUUCUAUAUGAGAUAACAUAGAAUACUCUUGUAUUUAG